UUGUAAAGAUUUAAAAGUACCACAUUGAAAUAGUUUUUCAUCGAUUUUUCUCUCCUGUUUAAGGCAUCGUUUAAAAUUUUGAAACAUGAAACAUUCGAAUUUUCAUGUGAAGUUCAAGCGAUUGAGCAAAAUCAUGUUUGUCUUUAAAAAUAUAUAUUUAGGGUGCGAGAGGAGUAUUCUAUUGCUUCAGGUGAGGAUCUCUUUAAAUUCAUUUUCAAUAAAACUAUAUUUUCAGAGAGUCAAGGAACAUAAAAUGGUGAAGCUUUUUAUCGGAAACCUUCCGGACGGAAACCUUGUAACCAACGACGAUGUUAGACCGUUGUUUGCUGAAUAUGGAACCGUGACUGAGUGCGAGAUUAUUAGGAAUUAUGGAUUUGUACACAUGGAGACUGAGGAGGCAGCUGAGACUGCAAUUAAAGAGCUUAAUGGUCGGGAAGUUAAGGGUAGACCAAUGAAGGUUGAGAAAUCUGAGAGUAAAGGACCGAAGAAACCUUCUCAGAAGAUGUUUAUAGGAAAUGUUGCUGAUGGAACAACAAACGAGCAAUUACGGUCUCUGUUUGAGUCUUACUGUGAAGUUCUUGAAGCUGAUGUUAUGACUGGAAAGAACUUUGGAUUCGUCCACAUUGAUGCAUCCGUCGGAAGGGGGAAAACCAACCAGAUUAUCAAGGAAUUGAACGGAUAUGAACUAAACGGUAACAAGAUCCGUGUCCAGCUGUCUACUAGUGGAGUUAGAACUAGACCAGGGAUGGAUGGAGAUCAAUGCUUCAAGUGCGGGAGGGGAGGACACUGGUCUAAAGAAUGCCCCUGGGACGGGAUGGGACCUCCAGGCUUUCGUGGAGGUUUCCGUGGAGGACGUGGUGGUCCCCCACCCUACAUGCGUGGACCACCCAUGGGUCGAGGUGGACCUAGAGGAGGUCGUGGUGGACCUAGAGGAGGUCGAGGGGGACCUCGUAAUGCUCCCUACCCACCUCGAGAUGGAGGAUACGGUCGUGGAUAUCAAAGUUUUGCUGAGGAUGAUUAUGAACCCCGUCAAGGUGGAGGACCUAUGAGAGACUCCUACAGUCGGAGGGAUUAUGGUGGUGGCUACGGAGGAGGUCGGGGUGGAGGUGGAGGCUAUGGUGGAGGACGGGGAGGUGGUGGAGGAGGGGAGAUGUACAGCAGGAGAUCCCCAGCCAGGGAUUCCAGUACACCCAGCUCCUUCAACCAGCAUCCUAGUAAUAUUGUUCUAGCAGGAAAACGUUUCUUACCGUCAAUAAUUUCAUUUGAUUUAAUCAUCAAUAAAUAUAUCUUUUUUAUCGUUACUUUUUUUAGUAAUUUAUUUUUUUUGUUCAUUUUUAUACUUUCAAACUUUGAUCUUCAUGGGAAAGUAUUUUUGGGCCUUUGUCCAUCUAAGGAAUAUAAAAAUCUGUUUGUGCGUUAAAUUGGUGUACGUAAAUAGGGGUAUUUUGAUACAUCUUUGGAGCAAGCCUAGAGGGAACAGCGUUAACGUUCUCAGAGACGUACUCAAGGGGCUAUUAAUUAGUGGAAUCUAGAUUACAGGUCAUUUUUAGUCCCAAUAGGUGCUGAAACUCUCCCUGGAUAGCCCCCAGAUAAAUCACGGAGUACGCUUCUCAACGUUUUAAUGAAAAAUUACAAAGUCUUCGGCUCCUCCUGCUUUUACCAAAUCAGAAGACAUAAUAUUAUAACUUAGCAAUAAACGUUUUCAGAACUGCUCAAAACUGUAAGAUAUAUUGAAUCAGUAUUAUAGAAUGUGUUAAAUUACACCAUAAUUUUAAAAGUUGUUUAUUUAAUUAUUUUUUUUGUUGAAAUUCUUUCUGUUUUGUUGCAAUUAUACUGAAUUAAUUUCA